AUGCUUAGAUAUUUUGGUAGAAGGACUGCAGCAGUAGGUGCAAUAAGAAAUUUACAGUCUAUCAAUUUUAAUAGUGCAAAAAAAUGUGGAGAAAAAUUGCUAAAUAACUUUAGAACUAAGAAUGGAGUGAACGAAGAUGACAAGAGAAGAGAAAGGUAAUCAAGUGAAGAGUAGAAUUAUGGAUUUGGAGGUAUAUUUAAAAAGACGUAAUUUUGUAUGAAUGAAUAAAAUAAAAAGACCAAUUAUUGCAGUUAGGCUUAAUUUGUCAAUCAUAGAAUUUUUAAUUAAUUAAUGACGAGUGAUAUGCGCGAUUUGUUAGCAGACUAAAUAGGAUGCAAAAAAUUUAAAUUUAAUACAAACUCAAUAGUCUACUUAAUUUCUGCUCUUGAUACAACUUGUGGGGACUCUGAUAAAAAUAAAACAAAUUUUAUAUUAAAAAAGCUAAAUUCACAAACAAAUAUUUCUGCAAAAAAAGAAAGAAUUAAAUUAGAUUCUUUCCAGUGUAGUUUUAAGUUUUGCACUAUAGCCUCUCAGAAGCAAUCAACUAGCUAACAAAUUUAAACUAAAGCACAUUAACCUGUGAUAAUAUAGUCAGAUUUCGAGACAAUUUCUGACCUAAAAAAUAAGAAAAGCGCCCAUUUUCACUAUCAAGAGAAUUUUUUAAAUAAAAAGUCAACAAACGAUAGUUACUUUUUUGGAUAAAAAUAAAAUCAUAUCGAUUAAGAAUAAAUUAUAAAGAGUUUACAGAAUUAACAAGUCAAUAUGAGUUCAGAUGUCUACUAUUCUCCUCCACCUUCAGAGGAAAUUAUGAACAACAAAAUAAAAAUAAUUGGUGAUUUAGAAAAUAAAAAUGAGUUUUAAAUAAAAGAAAAUUAGGAAAAAUCAAAUGAAAUUAUUUAAGAUUGCGAAAGAAAGGAAGAGCUUUCAUCUAAUUUAAAGGUUGAUAAAGAAUUAGAUUAGUUCUAAAAGACAAAGCUAGUUUAGAAUUAAUUUAAUUAACUAGAAAUAUAAUAGACAUAAGCUAAAACAGCCACUAAUUUGAAUGAAAAAACACUCCUAAUAAAUACUAACAAAAGUAAUAACCUCCUUUAAGAAGAAUAAUUAUAACAAAUUCACAAGCAGCAAUCAAUAUCUUCUACUUCCUUUACAAAUCUUACACAAAGAGACUCAAAUUGCACCGUUUCAGACAACAACCUUCCCUUUUCACCACCUGAAAAGGUUCCUGGCUCACCACUUCUUUCUGGUAGCGAGUCUCCAGAUUUGCCAAGCUCUGCUUAAAGCUAAGCAAAAAAUGUAAAAUCUGCUUCAAAAAAAUACGAUACAGCCUCUGAUAGCGCUCAUUCAGAGAGUGAAAGGUGCAUCCCAGCAGGAAAAAGUCCUCUAAAAACAGAUAAAUAAAUGCUAAGAAAUAAAGUUAGAAGCAAUACUUACAAAAUCGAAAGAAAGAUUGGAGAUGGAUGCAGCUCUGUUGUAUAUUUAGCUAAGGAAAUGGAUGAGCUAAACAAUAUUCUCUCAAAUAAUUUAAUAGCCAUUAAAAAAUUCAAAAAGCGUAAAGAACAUCAUUUCGAAAGUGAACAUAAAAUCCUUUCAUUAAUUAAUGGUUAACACCCUAAUAUCAUAAAAAUAUAAAGUAUAAAUACUUCUUAAAUGGAAAUCUAAUCUGAUUAUUGUCCAAAUGGAGAUCUUUUAGAUUUUGUUAUUAAAAGAGGGGCUCUCAGAGAAAGUUAAGCCAGAUUUUUCUUCAAAGGCGUUUCAAAAGCAGUACAAUAUCUCUAACAACGUAAUAUCUGCCAUAGAGACUUGAAGUUAGAAAAUAUUCUACUUGAUGCCUCUUUCAAUCCAGUAGUUAUAGAUUUUGCAUUCGCUGCUUUCAACAAACCCAAUUUAACUGAUUUUAUUGGAACUGAUGGAUAUCAAGCUCCAGAAAUUAUACUUAAAUACCCUUAUUGCGGUUUCGCCGCAGACAAUUUCUCUUUAGGAGUGAUGCUAUUCGAAAUGGUUAUGGGCAAACCUCCUUUCUAACAUGCCAAACUUGACUAAGGAUUGUAUAAAAAAUUCACUUAAGAAAAUGUAGAAUAUUGGGAAGUAUUUAAAAAAUAUCAAAAUCCUUCAGAUUAGCUUAAAGACUUAAUAAACAAGCUCCUAGAAAGCGAGCCCUAAAAUCGUAUCUCAAUAGACGAAGUAUUGCAACAUCCUUGGAUGAGUGAAAACAACUAAAUAGAAUAGAUACUAAUGUGA